ACAUGAAGUUUUAGGAUGUGAUACAACUAUUAAGAAUUUUUUUUUUUUUAUUUACAAAAAUAUCAUUAAAAUCUGUUCCAAAAUACAUCUCUGUCGAGAGGAGUCGAUGGUUACGGAAAUAGAGUUUAUAGUAUGUCGAUGGAGUACGCAGCUGGUGGAAGUUUAUCUUCUUUUAUCAAAAAAAGGUUGUUGAUCAGAGACUUCACUCGAAUGAUUCUUCAAGGACUUGUCUCUAUACAUGGUAACGGAUACGUCCACUGCGAUCUCAAACCGGACAAUCUUCUUGUGUUCCCGCGUUAUGAAGAAGCUGCUGUUGGUGGUGGUGGUGUAAUGAAAGAAGUUUCGUACGAGUUGAAGCUUUCUGAUUUUGGGAUGUCGACAGAAGCUGGAGAGGAGUCAGUGUUUUGGGAGUUUGAUUCUCCCUACUUGGGAACGCCUCUUUACAUGUCUCCCGAGUCUGUUAACUACGGCGUCGCGGAGAAGUCGUUAGACUUGUGGUCGUUAGGUUGCGUUGUGUUGGAGAUGUACACAGGAGAGUCUCCGUGGGCGUUGCAAGAUUCUGACGAGAUUUUGCGUCAUCUCUUGGAUGGGAAGUCGCCAGAGAUUCCAGACUCUCUUCCUUGGCAUGCAAGACAGUUUCUACAAACGUGUUUCACAAGAAAUCCCGUGGAGAGAGGAAGCGCUUCGGGUCUGUUGAAGCAUCCGUUUCUUCUUUCUGAUCAGAAGAAAGUGAUGGUUACCGGCGCCGGAAAUAGGAGGAAGUCUGUUAUGAAGAAGCCACUAAGAGUGAAGAUUAUUCCACCAAAGCCACCGCAGUUUAAGAAAAUAGCGAAUAAACCCUUGAGGUUGAAGAUUAUACCUCCUAAACCACCAGGAUGCAGUCUCGUUUCUGUUCAGUAGAGUGUGUGUCAGUGUGUUCUGUCGUUUUGUUACUUGGUGAUAGAUGGUGUAGAUCAAGUUAAUACACAGUUGUGAUAAUUGCAUAGAGGAAACAUCAAGGAGCAGCCAAGACCCUGUUAACACUGUCACUUGGCAGAACCAUCUCGUAACUUUUGUUUUAUUAGUUCUUCUCUGUUUAUAACGUAACUUUGUAACAACCCUUGUCAAACAGAUCUAGCGAGAGAGUGUUUCCAUGUCCCCAAACUCUCUAUUGAAGAAGCGAUAGCUAAAGAUGUGUGGAUGUUCCUCCCAUGUUUCAGCCUCAAGAAUGAAUCAGUGCAAAUCACUACUCCAAAACAAUGUUUGAAU